AUGUAUCAACUCAAGAUAGAGGCGAUCAUCGCCGUUGCGGCUUGGGCUCUUUCUGCGGCCUCUCUGAGUGUCCCUAGUGGUAUCGAGGGGGGCAUUUGCCCACGUGGCGAUGCUGAAUUCGAGGAAUUCGGGAAGAAGCUUUCGAGCUCUGCCAAGGUGUAUUAUCCGGGUUCGAGCGGGUUCGAGGAUGCCACUACGCGGUGGUCUGCUCUAGAAGAACCUACAGUGAACCUCGUCGUCGUGCCUGGCAACGAGAACGAUGUUGUUGAGACGGUUAAAUACGCCAACCAGAAGGAUCUGCCCUUCCUGACGUACAAUGGUGUCCACGGAGCCCUCACUUCGCUGGGUAAGAUGGACCAUGGCGUCGGAAUCUCUAUGAGCCAGUUGAGCAGCGUCCAAAUUGCCGAAGAUGGAAAUACAGCCACCAUGGGCGGAGGAACCAUGUCCAAGACGGUCACCGACGAGCUUUGGGCCGCAGGAAAGCAGACAGUUACUGGAACCUGUGAAUGUGUCAGUCUCGUAGGACCGGCGCUUGGCGGUGGACAUGGAUGGCUCCAGGGCCACCACGGACUUGUCUCUGACCAAUUUGUUUCGAUGAACGUUGUUCUUGCCGACGGUACCCUGACAACGAUUAACCAAGACUCCGACCUCUGGUGGGCAAUGAAGGGUGCUGGCCACAACUUCGGCAUUGUCACUUCUCUCACCAGCAAGAUCUAUGAUAUCGAGCACAGUGACUGGGCUAUCGAGACGCUUGCUUUCAGUGGCGAUAAGGUCGAGGCUGUCUACCAGGCUGCCAACGAAUAUCUUCUGCAGAAUGGCGCCCAGCCCGCCGAUGUCAUCAACUGGUCGUACUGGAUGAACAACCCCGACAUUGAUCCUAGCAACCCCGUCAUCGUGUUCUAUAUCAUCCAGGAGGGUGUGAAGGCUGUCGACUCGAUUUACACCAAGCCUUUCCACGACAUCGGACCGCUCUCUGCUGUGCCACAGUCAGGCACCUACCAGGACCUUGCUGCAUGGACCGGCGUUGCCCUUGACUCCCCUCCAUGCCAAAAGGCCGGCUUCGCUAACCCCCGCUUCCCCAUCUAUCUCCAAUCAUACGACGUUCCCGCUCAGAAGAAGGCAUGGGACGUCUACGCACCUGCCAUUCGUGGAUCCUCUGCCUUCAACAACUCAAUCCUCAUGUUCGAAGGUUACUCCUUCGGCGGUGUCCACGAGAUCCCUAGCAGCUCGAGUGCGUUCGCUUUCCGCAGCGAGAAUAUCCUUGCCGCCCCGCUCAUCAACUACCUGCCCGGCGAUAAAUCAGUUGAGGUCCAGGCGGCUGAUUUGGGUAACCAGCUCCGCAACAUCCUCUUUGAAGCCACUGGCUUCGAGGACAUUCGCGCAUAUGUCAACUAUGCCCACGGAGAUGAGACCCUGCAGCAGUUGUAUGGCAGCAGCCAAGAGCGCCUGCUGGCCUUGAAGCAGAAGUACGACCCAACUGGCAAGUUUAGCUUUUACGCACCGAUCGCAUAG